CUGUAUCUCUAAUGCGAAAAUUCGCGACUUGGCAACACUGCAGUCGUAGUCUCUUCCAGCCUUGACAAGUCAUUUCCUCAACUCAAUUGUCAAACUUCUAACCCCAACUUGUGUUUUCAAAGGGCAUCAAGGAAUAAAUUGAAAAUUUAAUUUUUAUAUGAAUGAUAAUUGAAUCUGUUUCCAGAUAGCAUUCUGGUUUCGGGUGCCUUUCUUCCAUAGGUCACUGAUAUAUAUUCUGAAGAUAGCAUAAUGGAUCAGGCAAGAGCGAAGAUUAACGACGCAUGCAGGGUAGCUGAAGAAUUCACAAAAUUAUACUACGAGACCGUGGAUAGAAAAAGACAUCUGAUAUCCAGGCUAUACCUUGACACUGGUCUGUUAUCAUGGAAUGGCAAUGGAGUUACAGGAAACCAAAACAUACUCAAGUUCAUGAUAGAUUUACCCACAACAGAUCAUUCCAUAACUACUCUUGAUGCACAGCCUAUACUUGAUUCUGCAGUAAAUGGACAGUUAAGUUUUAUAAUACAAGUGAGUGGUUCUGUGAGGUAUCAGGACAAGCCUUUAAAGACAUUCCAACAGAACUUUGUGGUAACUGCUCAGGGUGACAAGUGGAAGAUUGUGAGCGAUUGCUUCAGAUUACAGGAACCUUUAAAUAAAUAAUAUCUAUGCCUUUAUUUUGUAAAUUUUAAUUUUGAAAAUGUCAAUAAAUGUGUAUGUUCUUAUGAA